GAUCGAGUUAGUAAUUCGAGAUUGUGUCUAGUCAAAUCGAUAUCGCUCGUCCGUGCGAUCAGGACUCCCCGGUGUUUCGGCUUGUCUCUCGAGCUUGGUGCCCAAGAACCAAUCUACCUCGUCCUCGUCGUGACUCGCCGAUGACGUAACGUAUAAAUACACGCCACGGGGGAAUCGAACCGGUGGCUUCUACCACUUCUUCGUCUUUUUCUUCUUCUGCAAGAAGGGCAGUCUUCGAAGAGCGGUGGUCUCGAAGGCAACUCCCUGAUCGGUACAGUGCGAAGAUUGUUAUCGCGGGAAGUGGAUGAAUCUCGAGCUGCCAGAUCGAAUCGAAGAAGAAGAGGAGGAAAAGCGGUAGCAAGGAAGAGAGAAGGAGAAACAGCGGCAAGUCUUGAAGACGCCGUCGAGUUCUAUCGUCAGACCCGUUUUAUCCUCCGAUCGACUUGGAGGAUUCGUCACGAGGACCAAAUCGUUGUUAAUUCGUCCGGCUUCCCUAAGCUCGCGAGAUGUGGCGACUGUCGAUAGUGAUCGGUAUGAUCUCGAUCGCGAGGGCUGGACUGUACGACAGAAUGAUGGUCUCGAUGAACGACAGAACAUUAUUCAUCAGGAGUCUACCCGGUUAUCCUGGGACCAGAAGCGAUCUUUACGAGGUCUACAUGGAACCAUAUUAUUUUGCAAUCGGUCUGAAGGCCGUGGUGGAGCUGAAAGCUCUCGAUGGGGAUGGUUCGCCGAUAAAUGGACCCCGAGGAAUCCUAACACUGGAACAAUAUCCCGAAGGAGUUAAGGUCACGGGCACAGUCUCGGGAUUGAGCCCGGGCUUGCAUGGAUUCCACGUGCACGAGAAAGGGAAUCUGACGAAGGGAUGCAAUUCGGCCGGGCCGCAUUUCAAUCCUUACAUGGUGAAUCACGGAGCACCGAGCGAUCCGUUGCGUCACGUCGGCGAUCUCGGCAAUAUCGAGGUCGGGCAGGAUGGAGUAGCGCAUAUCGAUGGCAUAGAUCACUACUUGAGCCUAGUGGGUGUUCGUGGGGCGAUUGGUAGGGCUGUGGUGAUACACGAGAAACCCGACGAUCUCGGUCGCGGCGGUACCGAGGAGAGUCUCAAGACUGGGUCGUCGGGUGCCCGGGUUGCCUGCGGUGUCAUCGGAUUUUUGUAAAGAGAUUUUUUUAAACAUCGAAUUCGACUAUUAUAUACUUUGUUCACUAAAGGCUGUUGUAUUUAAAUUCACGUAAAAUGAUACGCGUAGAAGGCAACAUAUUCGAUAAUAAUAUAUUUGUAUAAUGAGCGAAAUGAUUUAUUUCUUGUUGAAAACUAAGAUUUUUUCUUUUUAAAUUUUUCAAAAUUUAACAAGAAGCUAUAUCCUCUCCAUUGUUCUAUAAAUAUUCAAACAUUUUCAUGAAACUUUUUCUUUUCAUAUUUCAAAUCUUAAGAGAAAGUUUCUUUUAAAAUGAAUUAUUAAUGUUUUAUUUCUCGAUUCUUUUUCUUUUUUAACUAAAUAAUACAAGCUUGCAGGUCAUACUACUGUGCAUGUAAAUUACAUUCAAUUGAAUUAAUUUAAAAAAUAUUGCCUAUCGCUAUUUCGUUCGCUAUUAAUUUAAUUGUGUCCACCGAUCAAUAAAUAAAUAUAACCAAAUAUGUAUCAAACACA